UCUUGGUGCAUACGCGAAUGAAGUCUUAUUAUAGAGUGAAAACGCAGCUGUAGAUGUUGUUUGUUUCAUUGUUUACUUUUUCUCACGCCAGUUCCUGCUGUGACCGAUAUGGGCCACGUGUGUUGUCCAGAUGUUGGCAUUACAUCUAAGAUCCAAACGAUGAGUAGGAGUCUAUAAAAAAAACCUUCUCCCAUCUUAUGAUAUGACAUCAGCAUCAUUAUUCCUGAGUCAUAUCAGCAACACAUUUCAUUCACUUUUAAACAGUGGUGGAUAUCAAUGACUUAACUCAGAGUACACAUUCCACAGCAACAUACUCCAUAACAAGUAAGGUAAAAGUGUACAAAUCCGCAGCAAAACGUUCUUAAAGUUUCUCCAAGUGUCCCUUUAAACAAUAACGGUCUGUUCAUCCCCAAAUGACUCCUCCCCCAGUUCCAGAUUGAUCAACCGUAUCAUCUAUUCAGAAAUUAAGACUUCACACGCAGAAGGGAGGGACGGACAGAAAGAGAGUUUUUGUGUUUUUCUGACCUUAACGGGAUCACAAUUCGUAAUACAUUCUGAUCAACUUUAAACCAUUAGCAUGGUCCGGUUCUGCCCGGAUGGUUUGACACACACAGCCUGCUGUGCGGGAUUAGGAGGUAAUCCCGCACUCACGGCGUGCAUGCGCAAACUGAAGCGCGUGUGCAGCGACGAGGGACAGCUCGGUUCAUACAAGCUGUGUCCCCUCUCCUGUCCUCUGCGAUAAGUGGGGACGAUGAAGACCUAGACGAGGUGAGGCUCUUCUUCUCGCAACAUUUGGGUUCGGGCGUCGCUGUCCAUCUGAGUUUCGGUUGGUCCCGUUUGGGGCGGGAUUAGUCCGGGCUGUCCCGUCACGGACCGCAGACGCAGAUUAAAGAGGAAUCGCCCGAAACGUCGUAGAUCGCGGCAGGAAAUUCUCGGUUUCACGCCCCAGAAAGGACUUCCCAGCCACCACUACCUGUCCACAACACACCAACACCUGGAGCGACCUGUACAUUGAGUCCGAGCACGGCCCCCCCCCCCCCCCCCCCCUUAUCCUCAUUAAGGAUGCAAAAGCGCGCAUACCAAUAAUGUGUGAGUGUACGCCCACGCAGGCCGAUGCACAGUGAGUGUUCACCUGACACGUCAGAGUCUCUGUCGGGGACAGGAUGUCCAAGUGUGAGCUGAUCGAGCUGAAGGACCUCAGCGUGAACGAUCCCAUUGAGCUGGCGGCUCCUGCUGCUUGCACAGGCCCCCCGCCGGUGAACCCAGCCCAGCCCAGCCCGUUCCGCGUGGUCCGCCUGCUCGGGGACAGCGUCAGAAUCGAGGCCCCCCGGUGUCAGGCGGGAGAUGCCGGAGUGGGUCACGACUUCCAGCCCUACAGUCACACCCAUCUCACCUGGUGUGACCUGUGUGGAGAAUUCAUCUGGGGGGUUUACAAGCAAAGUUUACGCUGCAGCAACUGCAGUUACACAUGUCACUACCGCUGCCGACCAUUCAUCCAGCUGGACUGUCGCACAGACGGUAGUUUGUUAGCAGACCAGGAAGAUCUCUCUGUUGACUCCCUCGAGACGGACACGAAUGUGGAUGAACAGAUCGAUUGGGGUAAACAGAAGUUGUCUGUCUGUGAGAUUCAACAUAAGGUCAAGGAGUACAACGCACAGAUCAACAGCAAUCUCUACAUGGUGGUCAACAAAGAUGGGUCCUACACUGGUUUUAUCAAGGUUCACUUUCAGUUGGUCCGUCCCAUCUCCCUGCCUCCCUCUCAGAGCCUGUGCCCCGCGCAGGAGGAGGAUCAGCAGGGCAGAGCCAUGAAGCGGCGGACGUCCUUCUACCUCCCAAAAGACACUGCCAAGCACCUGCAUAUAAGUUCCCAAACACGCGUACGGGAAGUCAUCGAGGCAUUGCUCAAUAAGUUCACCGUGGUGGACAACCCGGCCAAGUUUGCCCUGUUUGAACGCGCCGAGAAACAAAGUCAAGUGUACAUGCGUAAACUACCCGAUGACGAGUUCCCUCUGUACCUGCGCUUGUGUGCUGGCCCCAGCGAAAAAGUCUUGAGUCUGGUUUUGAAAGAAAACGAAACUGGGGAAAUAAAUUGGGAUGCAUUCAGCUUUCCGGAGCUGUGCAACUUUCUGCGGAUCCUGAAGCGCGAGGAAGAAGAGCAUGUAAGGCAGAUUGUGAAGCGCUACAGUCUUGCAAGAGAAACCACGAUGCAGGCGCUGGCACGGAUUUCUACACCUGGUUGACUUUGAGCUCUUUAAUUGAGCUUAGGAGAGUGUUCUGCCACUUUGUUGAUUACCAUAAUAGAAGGGACAAAAAUAGCUCAGGUAAUGUCGUUUUUUUAAUAGAUGUUGUUUACGAAGCAGGGAUAAAAUGUAAUGUGAACUCUUAAAGGCUAGGGCAAUGCUAAUUUUGUGCAAGCAGAGCCACUUUUGUGAACUGAAUUGGGGGAAUAAUAGCUUAUUUUGGAUUUGAUUUUAUGCAGGUCUUUCGUGAAAAACGUUGCUGCUUUACUGGUUUCCUUGGAGUGGUAUUAAACAGUAUAGUAUUUGCUGUGGCCAUUUUUAAUGUGACAUUUAACUUCAGAAAAUAUUCUGUGAGGAUUUCUUUUUAAAUUCAGGCACUUUAAUGAACCUGUAUGAAAUGUUAAACUGUGUUUGCAUUAUAACAAUCUAAUAAACAUAUGGGAUAUCUUGA